AUGAUCAGAGAUGAAGGACUCCGGAUGAAGCAGAGGAGCAAAUCUAAGCACUUUGAGCAGGACGCCGCCAAGGGCAAGGGCAAAAAGAAGAAGAACAAGAAGACUCAGGAUUUCGAUGAGGAUGAUAUCCUUAAGGAACUAGAGGAGCUCAGCCUAGAAAACCAAGGAGCAAAAUCUAACAAGAAAGCCGAAGGCGCUGAGGAGGCAGCCGAGCCUGGCCCCACCAAGGCCGAAAAGAAGAAAACCCGCAAGGGGAACAAGAAGGCCAGCUUGGAUGAGGAUGAGGACGAGGGGCAGGUUGAAGAUGACGUGGAGAACGGCGUCCAGAAACCCCAGAAGACAUCGGAGCCGGCUGCUCCGCCUGCUGCUUCUGACUCUGAAGGUGAUGACCUCAGGCCGGGCAAGAAAGGCCGAGGGGCAAAAAAGGGGGCCAGGAAGGCUCCCCCCUCGGAGUCGGACGAUGAGGAUGGAGGUGCGAAGAGCCGGGCAGCUGAUCCUGCGGGCGACAGCGACGAGGAUUCGGAAGAGCGCUCCCGGGGCAGCAGGAAGGCCCAGCAGAAAAGCCAGAGGGCUAAAGCGGGCAGGGCCGACAGCGGCGGGGAGGAGGAGGACGAGGAAGAGGAGGACGGCUCCUUCAAGCUGAAGACGGCGGCGCAGAAGAAGGCGGAGAAGAAGGAGCGAGAGCGCAAGAAGAAGGAGGAGGAGAAGGCCCGGCUGAGGAAGCUGAAGGAGAAGGAUGAGGACAAGGAGAAGAGCACAGAGGGGGCCAAGAAGGCUCCCGUCCCGGCGGCGCCGGCUCCCAGCUCAGAGCCCAAAAAGCUGGAGAGCGCCGUGUCUGAGGAGAAGGAGGGCGGCGAUGCUAAAGAGGAGGAGGGCGAGGGCGACAAGAAGAAGAAGAAGGACAAGAAGAAGAAGGGCGAGAAGGAGGAGAAGGAAAAGGAGAAGAAGAAGGGUCCCAGCAAGGCCACGGUCAGGGCCAUGCAGGAGGCACUGGCCCGGAUGAAGGAGGAGGAGGAGCGCGCCAGGCAGGAGGAAGAGGAGCGCCUCCGACGCCUGGAGGAGAUGGAGGCGCAGAGGCUGGAGCAGGAGAGGCUGGAACAGGAGCGCAAGGAGAAGAAGAAGCAGAAGGAGAAGGAGAGGAAGGAGCGCUUGAAGAAGGAGGGCAAGCUCCUGACCAAAGCCCAGAGGGAGGCCCGUGCCAGAGCAGAGGCCACCCUGAGAGCUCUCCAGGCGCAAGGUGUUGAAGUGCCAUCCAAAGACUCCGUGCCAAAGAAGAAGCCUGUGUACGCGGACAAGAAGAAGAAGAAGCCAUCGCCGCAGACUCAAGAUGAACCAGCAGAAGCGACCUCUCCGACCCUAGAGGUAGAGACAGCAGAGCAGGCCCCCCUCGAGAUGGAUACGGAGCCUCUCCCUCGAGAUGGAAAGGCGCAAGCGAACGAGCGGAAGACCGAAACCGCAGAUCUGGAUGACUGGGAAGCCAUGGCCAGCGAUGAGGAAAAGGAGAUGAAGAAGGUCCACAUAGAGGUGAAGGAGCAGCAGCAGCAGGAGGAGGAGGAGGAUGAGGAGGAGGAUGCCAGCGAGGAAGAGGAGGAGGAAGAGGAAGAGGAGGACGAGGAAAGUGAGGAGGAGGAGGAGGAGGAAGAGGGCAGCAAGGUGGGAGCCCCUGUGGAGAAGGAGACUCCGCUGCCCCCUGCGAAGAGGGUGAGGAACCGGCGGACCAGCAGGGAUGUCAGCUCUGGCACGGACAGCGAGUGCGACUCGGACGACGGGCGCACGAAGGAGGAGCAGCGCUACGAUCGGGCCAAACGACGCAUCGAGAAACGACGGGCAGAAAACCUGAGGAAUAUCAAUAUGGAGAAACUCCGAUCCCCAGUCAUCUGUGUGCUGGGCCAUGUAGACACUGGAAAAACCAAGAUUCUGGAUAAGCUGCGACACACACAUGUGCAGGACAGUGAAGCAGGUGGCAUCACUCAGCAGAUUGGUGCCACCAAUGUUCCAUUGGAAACCAUUGUGGAGCAGACGAAGAUGGUGAAAAACUUUGACAGAGAGAAUAUCAAGAUCCCAGGAAUGCUGAUCAUUGAUACACCAGGACACGAGUCUUUCAGUAACCUGAGGAACAGAGGGAGCUCUCUGUGCGACAUCGCCAUCCUGGUCGUCGACAUCAUGCAUGGCCUGGAGCCGCAGACCCUGGAGUCCAUCAACCUGCUGAAGGAGAAGAAAUGCCCCUUUAUUGUUGCACUUAAUAAGAUUGACCGGCUGUACGACUGGAGGAAGAGCCCGGAGACGGACGUGGUGACCACGCUGAAGAAGCAGAAGAAGAACACGAAGGACGAGUUUGACGAGAGGGCCAAGGCUGUCAUCGUGGAGUUUGCUCAGCAGGGCCUGAAUGCCACCCUCUUCCAUGAGAACAAGGACCCGCGCACCUUUGUGUCACUGGUGCCCACCUCCGCCCACACGGGAGACGGGAUGGGCAACCUGAUCGGCCUGCUGGUGGAGCUGACCCAGACCCUGCUGACCCGCAGGCUGGCGCACUCCGACGAGCUCCGCGCGCAGGUCAUGGAGGUGAAGGCUCUGCCGGGCAUGGGCACCACCAUUGACGUCAUCCUGAUCAACGGCUGCCUGCGGGAGGGCGAGACCAUCAUCGUGCCCGGGGUGGAGGGGCCCAUCGUCACCCAGAUCAGAGGGCUCCUGCUGCCCCCGCCACUCAAAGAGCUGCGAGUCAAGAACCAGUACGAGAAGCACAAAGAGGUGUCCACAGCCCAGGGGGUGAAGAUCCUGGGGAAGGACCUGGAGAAGACCCUGGCCGGCCUCCCCCUGCUCGUCGCCCACAGGGAGGACGAGAUCCCGGUGCUCAGGGACGAGCUGGUCCGCGAGCUGAAACAGACGCUCAGCUCCAUCAAGCUGGAGGAGAAGGGUGUGUACGUUCAGGCCUCCACCCUGGGCUCCCUGGAGGCCCUGCUGGAGUUCCUCCGCACCUCCAAAGUGCCAUAUGCUGGAAUUAACAUUGGCCCUGUCCACAAGAAGGACGUCAUGAAAGCAUCGACUAUGUUGGAGCAUGAUCCUCAGUACGCUGUGAUCCUGGCUUUCGACGUGAAGGUGGAACGAGACUCCCAGGAGCUUGCCGACAGCUUAGGGGUUCGCAUCUUCAGCGCCGAAAUUAUCUACCACUUAUUCGAUGCCUUCACGAAAUACAGGGAGGACUACAAGAAACAGAAACAAGACGAGUUCAAGCACAUUGCUGUUUUUCCCUGCAAGCUCCGGAUCCUGCCUCAGUUCAUCUUUAAUUCUAGGGAUCCCAUAGUUAUGGGGGUGACCGUAGAAGCUGGGGUGGUACGGCAGGGGACUCCGGUCUGUGUGCCAAGCAAAUCGUUUGUAGACAUUGGGAUUGUCACCAGUAUUGAAAUCAACCACAAGCCUGUGGACGUUGCCAAGAAAGGGCAGGAGAUCUGUGUGAAAAUAGAGCCCAUCCCUGGAGAGUCGCCCAAGAUGUACGGACGCCACUUUGAAGCGACAGACUUCAUUGUCAGCAAGAUAACGCGGCAGUCCAUCGAUGCCUUGAAGGACUGGUUUAGGGACGAGAUGCAGAAAUCCGACUGGCAGCUCAUUAUGGAGCUGAAGAAGACCUUCGAGAUCAUCUGAAGAGGGCAGAGACGCAGAGAGAGAGAGAGACCGACUGGGGCUCCAGCACAGUGGUGGGUGCGCCACGCAGCUGGGAGCAUGACACUUGGGGAAAAAGAACUGUUUUCUGUGAGAAACCAAACUAUUCCCACUGUUUUGACAGUGACAGUUUUACAGCAUACACACAAUUCCAGCGUGCCUGUUGUUGUCGUUUUGAUUUUUCUUCCUCACCUGGCUGCUGUUUUUAAGACACCCCUUGCAGUUCCCCUGGAUUUCUCUACGGAGCAGGGGAGGAACAGAGGGACAGACGGGGAUUUGAAACUCGUCAGAGUUCUUGACGUUUGAGAUGAACUUCCAGUGUUUCAGAUUUCUAGGUUUUGAAAUGCCGUUCUCUUUAGUUCUGAAUAAUUGUUUUUUUUUUUUUAAAUCCCCAUCUGCUCUUACCUCCUCCUUCCCUGUCCCGUCACGUCCUGGCCAGUGCCUAGAGAAUUUUUAUAGAGGAUUAACUAGAAGGAAAAGGCAUUCCCAACGCCAUUUUUGAAAUGUCCAAAUUAUGUAUUUAUAAAAGAUGCACAACUCUGCAGCCUUUUAUGUGCUUGUACAGCUGUUGGUAAACGGAGAACGAAAUCCAGAUUGUAAUCAAUUAAAGAGAAAUAAAGAGCAAGUUGUACUCUUGUGGCUUAUCCUGC